GCUCCCAAGGACGAAGAGCCGGAUGAGAAGCUGGUGGAACCGCCCUCAGCAAGCCAGUCCAAAGACGAGCCUGGCACCUCGGAGCCGCCCGCGACGUCCAAGCAUGAGCCGCCCGAAAAACCGACUGCAAAGGUACAGUCUCAGCGAAAGGGUCUGCCAAACCUUUUGGCCGAACUGGGCCUCAAGGUGACUUCCAAAGGCGUGCUGCUGCCGGAGAGCAGGAAAACGCUGCUGCGGCGGCGCCGUGAGAACCGCGAGCAUGCCUUGGCCAAUGGCCAGGCCCCACAGGUUCUGUGCUUGUCGGCUGCGGCUAAACGAAAGGCACGCAAUCGGGCUGAGCGUAAGCCUGCUGGCGUGCAGCUGGAUGACGUGGAGUCUGAGCUGUUCUACGGAGCACACCAGGGCUCUGUGGCCUCCUGCACCAAUGCCGUGUCCAAAGGUGUUGACGUCAACGUCCGCACCAAAGCUGACUUAGACGGC